UUCGACGGCGUAGAAUUGCCAGUGCAUUCCAAACUUGACGAUUUUGCUACAAUGACUGUCCUCAUUGAGUCUUUGUGGCCUUUCUAUCUUGACAAUGCCUUCGCGGACCCUUCUCGCGGCUCUUGUAGCCAUUGGAGCACUCCUUGCUGGUAUCAUUCAGAUGACCCCCGAUAAACGAACCGAAGUGCUGCCUACUCCCAACAUAUCUCAGAAAGAGGCCGUCGGAACAGCCGGGUACAGCGCCAGAUUCCACGUUCCGGCCGACGAGGUCUGGAGUAAAGUGGCCGACUUUCCCAGCUACCAUGAGUGGAGUAGCAGUUUGAGAGUGGAGUUUCAGGACUAUCCCUUGAAAGCGGGAUCCGUAGGGAAGCUCGUUACCACUACACCGGGCAAAACACCAGAGGAGAGCCCCAUUGAGAUACUCAUAGUAGACCACCAGGCCCGCAUACUUGCCUGGAAAGCGAUCCUGCCUGUUUCAAGCUCACUUUUGCUCGUCGAACGUGUUCAGCAUGUCGUAGAGCUUCCUGACCAGCCUGGUUGGUGCGAAUACAGGUCUUGGGACUCUUGGAAGGGACCUCUAGGGUAUCUCGUGCAGUGGACUGUGAAGAAAGUGGUCAAGGACGGCGUCCGAGCCUGGGGCGACCAGGAGCUAACUAAGUACGUCAACUCCGGGGCCGCAUGAAUGCAAUUCAGAUGGAACGUGAGACAAGGAAAGGCAACGAAUUGUAGACGCUGUGUGGAGAAUGGGAGAAGAAUGAAACAAGGCAACAGGGAUGCAAAGAGAGUAUAUUAGGAAACCAUUUCGGCCUCCGAGUGACUAUAGAAAUCGGCAAAUAUACAUGCACGAGGGUAUCGGACAUCUUGAUUGGCACUAGAGGUGCU